AUGUUUUAUUUUUAUCUCAUCUUUUCUGGAGUCUAUGGCUUGCCGACCUUUCUGUCGGAUAAGAGAUUUGGCGGGCAGAAUCCUGAAGAAAAUCUCGACACGGUAAGCUAACUAUAAGUCUCAACAACUUUAGAAAACUCGGUUUGUGCGUGUAUUUAUACAUUUUUCAGGCCGGUAUAAUAUCUUUCUUUGGUUAUCCUUCGGAAACACAUACCGUCACAACGAGCGAUGGAUACAUAAUCGAUAUUCAUCGCAUUCCUCAUGGUAAAAGUAAGGUGUCUUCAAUCUUUUAUUUCAUGAUUGCAGUGAUGUGAAAGAGACGGUUCGCGAAGGCGAGAAUCUUUUUUCAGAUAAAACCUUUGAUUCAGAUCCGGAUCGUCCAGUAAUUUUGCUAAUGCACGGUCUUUACGAAGCCAGUUCGUGCUUCGUAAAUAAUUUGCCAAAUGAAUCCGCGGGUGGGACAACUUAAUUACUCUUUACGUAGGUUCCAGGGUUCCUCUUCGCUGACGCCGGCUUCGAUGUUUGGUUGGGAAAUGUUCGUGGAAAUACAUACGGUAGAAGGCAUAUUACCCUCAGCGCAAAACAACAUGAAUUUUGGAAGUUUAGGUGGUUUAAAAUACGGGUACCUUACUCAAGUUUUCAUAAUCCAGCUGGUCAGAGCAUGCCAAUCUUGAUUUAAGCGCAAUUUUUGAUAAAAUUGCAGAGGUUACUGGGCAGAAACAGAUUUAUUACCUCGGCCAUAGUCAAGGAACAUUGAUUAUGUUUGCUCAGCUAGCUGAAAAUGUGGAGUUUGCAGCGAGAAUCAAAAGAUUUUUUGCGUUAGCGCCAGUUGGAAGCGUUAAAAAUAUAAAAGGACUUAUUGGAGCAAUCGAGAAGGUUGUGUGGCCAGUUAUCGAUGUAAGUUUCGGGUAAUAAGACCAUCUAUUGGUUUUACCUAUCUCUUAGGUUGUCAAGUUGAUUCUUCGUGACAUUGAGUUCAGAGAAAAUUGGAUCGUGCAAAAGGCAAUUGAAGCGAUUUGUUCAUCUCAUUUCAUCCAACAUUAUUGUGCAGACCUUAUCUACUUUGUCACUGGUCCAGAAUUUGGAAACAUAAAUAUGAGCCGGCUGGAUGUUUAUUUGUCCCAUGCUCCAGCUGGAUCUUCGACUCGAAACAUGCUCCAUUGGGCACAAUUAGCUCAUACGGGAGUUAUGGCCAAAUACGAUUACCGGAACCGAUGGGAAAAUAAAAAACAUUACGGUCAAGUGAGGGAAUGAGUCUUUGCUGGAAAUGUGUGAUUUUUAUCGUCAGAAAUUCAGUCUUGAGACUUUGAAAGCAUUCUGAAGUUUCUGCACAUAGUCGUCGCUUUAAUUUAUGAAAAUUUUUGGAUUUACAUAAAGGAUCUAACAAUCCUUUUUGAUGGGCCUGCAAAUCCAUGUCGAGCAGGAUUUGCAGGCAACUUUUAAAGCGUUACAAACAAUCUUCUUGAAUAGGACACUUUGCAGAUAACCCCUCCCAUCUACGACCUCGGAAAGAUCGAUCCAAAUCUGAAUCUACACAUCUAUUCCAGCGACAUAGACUGGCUGGCCGAUCCAGAGGACGUAGCCGACACCAUUUCCAAGCUUCCCACCGGAACAGUCAAGGUGCAAAUGCCUUACCCAUAACACUCUUUUCAGACGAAAACUACUUUACACGACGUCAGCCAUAUCGACUUUGUAUGGGGUCUUAACGCGGCUUCUCUGAUCUACGAACCAAUAAUCGAGUUAGUCCGAACUUGGGAUGGACUUUAG